GGAUUAGACAAUCCUGAAACGAACAGCUCUAUCGCUUCUACCCCAGCCAAGCCCAUUAUCAACAACAAUCAUUUAUCGAACUCAACCCCGAACAAUUCCACCGAACACAGCCCAAGCCCCACUUCUGACACAGAUUUGAGCGCCCUCCAAUUGACGGAAUACCGAAGAGCGCCUGAAGGUAAAGACGAUGACGACUCCAUUUUGGAUCACGGCGACACCAAGGAGAAGACCUACUCUACCGACGUCAACGGUAAAGUGACGGUUCACGUAGUCGUAACCAUAAACGGCAACGGCACCUUGGCCGAUCUGAAGAAGCAGCGGAUGCAGAUCAGGAACAGUUCAAAUGACGUUAACAGUAUUACUUCUCCGGUGGGAAGCAUCUCCGAAAAUGAUUCGAACGCGAGUCCCGUCACGGAAAUAGUCAGGUUUACCGGGGAUACGAUGAUAGAAAACAUGGAAUACUCGAAACCGAAAAGAAAAUAUGUGAACAAGGUAAUCAUAUCGAAGUGUACACGUUCUUCAAUGCAUCAUGUUUGCUAGACGGAAUAUCAGAGUAACGCUGUGGAACAUGAACACAAUAAACCUUCAGAAUCAUUCAAACUCAUAGUAACAAAACUGAAGAAACUCUGGUUCAGUUGCUAGUUAAAGAACUAAGUUGUAAAUCCUGCUCCGCUCAGAUGUCCCCUCCGCUAAUCCAAUGUUUUUUUGGUCACCAUGAAUGCAAUUGUGUUUCAGAACAACGCUGAAAUGUUCUUUCGCCAAUAAAGGUUGCCUUUUCUUAGAUAAGGCAUUGGAGGUUGCAGCUCAUGAAAAAAUUUGCAUCUUUGGUUCCAAACCAUUUCUUUCAAAUGGAAAAUGUAAUACUGUGGGAAGUGACGCAUUUGAAAAUAUUGGUUAUGUGAAAACUGUUGAAGAGGGUCUAUCCGGACGAAGAGCAGAUACUGGAAAAGAUUCGCCCGGAGAAUUGUUGGAAGACAUUUUUGCCUCUGCAUUAGAAUGUCCAAUCUGCUUGACGCAAAUUUUACCACCCAUAGGAGCGUGCCAUAACGGCCAUCAGCUUUGUUCUGCAUGUUUCUACCGAAUAGAAGAUUGUCCUGUGUGUCGUGGCACGAAAAUGUUACAGACCAACACAUUUUUAGAGCAAAUUAUCAAGAGACUAGAUGUACGUUGCAAAAAUGC